GGGUAAUUUUCCCAUGUUCAUUACUCCGUAUAAAGGCGGUUGCAAAUCGCAAUUUGCUCUACUCCACCCCUCCGCCGCGACGCGUGACCCUCAGCUCCGCGGACGCGUCGACCGCCCGAAGAGAGGGGGUCUCGACUUUCAUCCACCACCAACUUAUCUCCAAGACCCAUUGCCCAUCUAAGACUAGAUCAGAUCGUCUCCUCUUUUUUCCAUCUUCCUUGGAAACCCAAUAAUGAACGCAUAAUCACCAACCUACACACCUAUACACACAUACAUACACCCAUGGCCACCCGCGGAUCACUCACAACAGCAACAGCCCUCACCCCCAUUCCUCUCAACCUCGUCCCAAACCACUUAUCGUCGACUCCUCAUUCACACAAGAAGCGCAAGACCUCGCAUUCAGAUAAUGAUGUUUUCUCAAUCUCUACUUCAACUGCCCCGUCUAAGUCUUCGCCCGCGAUAGCCGUGUCGUCUCCGCAGACGAUAAGUGUACGCGCCCAUUCCGCAACAUUAUCAGAUAAGCCUUUUCUUCUCUCCCCGAUAACCGUCCUCUCGCGCGACAAUAUCCCGUUUGCUUGGAUCGAUUAUCAGGAUCAUCAUAGCCAGCAACAGCAACUGCUCCCAGGGUGGUUGUUCGAAGGUGAUAUACCGGUUCUGGAGAAUGGGGUGGAUGUUGUUCUCGCUGUGCGGGUUGUUGGGGAGACGGGCGUGUGGGUGGUUGAGCGUGUUAAGAGAGGGGUUUAUGCCUUGUUGAAGUUGAGGGGGGUUGGGGAGGGGGACGUCGUUGUUGCGGCUAAGGGUGGUGGUUGUGUUUUGGCUGAAAGGCCGAGGGAGAAACGUGCUGGGGAGUGGUGGGAGGUGGCGCGGAUUGAGGAUCCGGGGGAUGGGAGGGUUGCGUUGGGGAAGAGGGGACGGGGGAUGGAUGUGGAGGUUGUGUUUGGGGGGCUUGUUGAGGACAGGGUUCAGGAGGUGCAGGAGAUGGCGCGCAGUUCGAGUUCGGAGAGUCCGGUUUUGCUGGGCGUUGGUGAGCAAAGUGCUGCUGAUGCUGCUGGGUUGGAUGAUACCAGGGUGGAUGGGCUGCAGUCGCCGCAGGAGCUGCUGGAUGGUCUAAGAGAGCAGUAUUUGCAGGCUUUGUAUGUUUCGAAGACUUCCGUGGCGUAUUUCGCCAAAGGUCCUCUUGCGCGAUGUCGUGCAGCGUUCCAGUCGGGGAAUGAGUCGGCGAAACCGGUGCAGCUCGUCGAAUUCUACAGGGAGGCUGUUCUCACGGCAAAGAGGAUGGAUCACAAGUAUCGCGAAACUCUGCCAUCUACGAUUCAGGAUAUCCUGCUCAGCGUGUCGGAUGACGAGGCUGCGCAACCAAAGCGCAAGCGCAAGGACUCUAAGAAGAAACUCGGCAAGAACGGCCUGUAUCCAGAGGAAGGCGACUUGAUUCGCAAGUGGUGGCGGGAUCGUGCGCUCAAUGAUCAGGGUCUUCCGUCGGAGAUGUCUAGGGAGGCAGAGUCUAAGAAGCAUGUUGCAGAUCUGCGAUUACGCGAAACGCAGCUCCAGAUUCUCUUGAUUCUGGAGACCAUGGCUCUGGAAGUCAUUGUUGCCGACGAGGAGAAGAAACAUGAGGGCAAGGGAGAAGGCACGGAAAAGCCUACGAAGAGUGCCAAAGGCAAGAAACCGCAAGACCUGAAUGUCAUGCUUGAGCUUAACCUCGACCGACUGUGCAUCUGGCAUGCUGUCAGCUUCGAGGAGACGGUUGUGUCCGACUCGGCCAAGGCAUACGGUAGCAACCAUCUAUCGGGGAAGAAGGUCGAGAGCGAUGCCGUCCGUGAUUUCUGUACCGAGGUCAUCGUUCCGUUCUACGCAUCUCGUCUGCCGGACAAGUGCAAGCUGAUUACCCGGAAGCUGGGCGUCUCGACUGCGAUAUCGCCCUUCACGAAGCAGCCUCAGGCGAAGAAGGCUCCACAAGAACCGGGGACCCCUGUUGAGCGACAACACGCUCAGAAGCAGUCUCGUCGUCGUGCGUUCCAGCGCGUGUUGACGGACCAAGCGUCGUCCCAAACACGCCAUCCCCCUUCCCUCAGUCGCUCCAACACUACGCCAGCAGCGACAGACGCGAAACGUGACUCUCUGGAUCCUCUGCUCCCUACAGUCAGCGCCAAUGUGCGCGGCGGUAUACAGAAAGCCAAACGGGUUGAGAAUCGCGAGGUGGAUCUCAAUGCCGUUGCGCGCCAGCACGAGUCCAAGCUGAUGAAGAUGCAGAUGCUGGUGGAGCAGAAGAAAGAGCUCGACGCCGCCAUUCACGCACUUCGGAAACCGAACCGCGAGCUCGUGGCCAAGGACAUUGCCGAAGAUGCAACCAAGCGACAGACCACCAGCGGCAGCUCUAGAAAGCCAAAGAACCCCGUCCGAAACCCUCUGGGUCAAGGCGUGCAGGUCGCAGCCACGCCCAAAGGAAGUCGCAAGAAAGAGACCAUUGCCAUGCCUCUCCCCAAGAGUCUUUCCCAACCGUCCAUAUCCAAGGGAUCUCCGUCGUCCCCAUUCACCAGCGAGCCGCAGAUCGUACCCGGCUCUAAUAUCCGCCCCGGCUCAAUUUCAGGGCUCUUCCGAUCCGCCGACCUCGGUGCGAUCCAAGAAACUCCCACGCGGCGACCAUCGCAGCCAUUAUCAGGUGGUAUUGGUGCAUCGCCGAGUAUUUCGAGGCCCCUUUUCCGCGUGCCCAGCAAGCCAGCCGCCGCCGCAGCCUCAGCCUCAGGCCCGAUCCCUCGGGCCAUGGAAAUGGGCCCAUCGACGCCGAUCGCAGCCCGACACGUGGACGCAUACAUGCCCCGAGUCAAAUCCAUCGGCCAAAGCAGACCGUCCAUGAUCAUGGACACACCACCGAAACAGGGCAUGGCCCCUAUUCCGAUCCCUGUGCCUGUCCCUGUGAUCACCGAGAACACGGUCCCCGAGCCCAUUGGGUCAGGGGCAGUAACAGAGACACCUGUGAAAGCCACCACCACCGCCGCCGCCACCACCACUACCACUACCACCCCGGCAACGGUUUUCGCUACGCCUCUGAAAAGCAGCGCGGCCCGGUUAGCCGUGCCGACUACAACAUCCGCGAUGGUGCCCGUGACUCCGGAGAAAUCGAUCUAUGCGCAAUUGGGAUGGGACGACGAUGAUGAUUUUGCCUAGUAGACUUAAGACUUUACCUCAUCUUGUAGGCGUUUCUACUCUUGUUUCGGUUUAGCGGGCGUUGUUUGCAUUAGAAUACCCGGAUGGGUUGAUGUCAUGAUAUGACUCUUUUACAGUUUACAUAGUAACAAUCAACAACCAUAGAUGAG